UGAGAGUUUCUGAAAUAUUAAGAGGAGGAUAAAGAAUACAUUGAACUUAGUCUAGAGAGCGAGACGGGGAACACAGACCACUAAAACCAACUUGCUUUUGGUUUAGCAAUCUAGAUUUGAGGAACAGCUGCCUUUUUAAAUCAGGAAGUCACUCUUCUGUGUCUGAAGUGACUCUCGGCUGGACGUUUGUUUCUGUCACGAUGUCCUCUCAUCUGUGCGCUCUGAUCCUGUUUGUCCUGAGCGAUGUGUUUGGUGUUAAGACAGAUGAAGUGAAGUUAGUGUCAAUGAGAGAGGGACAAUAUGUCACUCUAAACACUGAUGUUACUGAAGUACAGAGAGAUGAUCAGAUAGUGUGGUUUUUUGGACCUCAAGAGACUCGUAUAGCUGAAAUAUAUAACCAGAACAUUGAUAUAAAUAAGAGUGAUGAGCUAUUUGGACACAGACUCCAGAUGGACAGUCAAACUGGAUCUCUGACCAUCAUGGACAUCAGGACUGCACACACUGGACUUUAUAAACUACAGAUCAUCAGCAUCAGAGGAACUUCAUACAAGAGAUUCAAUGUUAUUGUUUAUUCCUUUUUUUCCACUCUUGUCAUAACCAGAGACUUUUCAGACUGUUCAUCAUUAAGAUCAUCAGUGUCCAGAUGUUUUGUGCUGUGUUCAGUGUUUAAUGUGAGUCAUGUGACUCUCUCCUGGUACAAAGGAAACAGUUUAUUGUCCAGCAUCAGUGUGUCUGAUCUCAGCUUCAGUCUCUCUCUACCUCUGGAGGUGGAAUAUCAGGAUAAAAACACCUACAGUUGUGUGCUGAACAAUCCCAUCAGAAACCAGACCAAACAUCUCACAUCCAAGGAACUCUGUCACACAUUUGCAAAAAUUACAAGGAGUUCAUUUAAUGUCAUAGCCAUUAUAACAGUAGUCUGUGUGCAGAAGCUGCUCAUUUCUGCAUGUGUGUUUUACUGUGGCUGCAGGAAAUACAGCCAAGAAAAAACAGAGGAUCAGAAAAGCAUGUCAGAAUACACAGAGAUCAUCUACCGUCUUCAGAUCUGACACCACUGAUCAUCACUCAUGAUCCCCACGUCUCAUGAUUUUACAUCCAAUAUAACCGAUUCAUUUUAUUCAUGAUGAAGCUUCAUGUACAUCUGCUUCCAGAGAUCAAGCUAAACUGGAUCACAACAUGAAUUGUUAUUACAGAUAAUUUUUCAUUCACAGUUUGAUGAAAUUGUAUCAAUAAAUCACCAAAAGUAUAAAAGAUGCAGCUUAACAAGAUUACAGAUUUAUACUUUAACAACAUGUACAUAAAAUGUAAAAUGCAUUUGAUGCAGUGAAAUGAAACAUGUUCAACAUGUAAUUUAGAGUCAGUUACAGAUGAAUCUGCCCAAUAAAAAUGAAUUGUACUAAAACAGUGUCACAAACACACGAGAGUGCUGAGAAUAAACCUUUUCAAAACAUUU